AUGUCCGCAUACACCGAGCAUGAAACGAUCCAAGUCCUCAUUGUAGGCGCUGGUAUUGGCGGUCUCACCCUAGCCAACAUCUGCAAGCGCCUCGGCCUCCGGUACCUCGUCCUGGAACGUAGUGCAGCAGUGACUCCUGUUGGGGCGGGGAUCUCAUUGGCACCCAACUGCCUACGUGUCUUGGAUCAACUUGGGUUCCUACCAGAGAUAGAGCGAGAGGGCCAGCGACUGCGCAAGAUUCGUAUCUUCCGCAACACCACGCAAUGGAACAUGCUGGAUUUCGAUUCCACGGAGAAGACCUUCGGCUACCCCGUGUACAAGAUCGAGCGACACGCCUUUCAUUCCGCACUGUACCGCGUCGCCGGUGAAGAGCAUGUCCUGCUUGGUGCCCAAGUGGUAGAUGUCGUGGAUGAUGCAGAAAAGAAGCUCGUGACGGUCACGUUGGCAGAUGGACGAGAAAUCUCAGGGCAGAUUGUCGUCGGAGCAGAUGGCAUUCGAUCGGCGACACGCAGAGCACUGGCAAAGAGAGGCGGCGAGACAAUAAUAAACAGCACAAUUCGAUUCACCGGAAGAACCCACAUGAGUGGAUACACGGCCCCAUUAGAGCACUUGGGUCCGGAAGAGGAGGGUGUCGGGACGUGGAUGCUAUACGAUGAUAGUAUCUUCACCACCUGGCCAUGUAAGGACAAGAGGCAGUGGUUCAUCGGCGUUCAGGCUAUUGUUAUAGCGAGCGGAUUUAAGGGCCGAGGACCGCUCAGUUUGGAAAAGCGUCAACAAGGACAUGAUCAAUGGAGUGUAUGGUGA